AUGGGAGAAUCUCCGUCAUUUGAAGAGGAUUUAACUGAAUCGGAUGGGAAUGAUCCACAACAGCAGCAACACCUCACCAAACUUGUUAAAGACCUUCGAGAGCGGAAAGUGGAAGGGCUGGACGGCAUCAAAACGUAUCGGUUGCUUCACCAGUGCAUCUCCCAAAGAGACCCUUCUCGUCUACUCCCAAACAAUGGUAGUGGUAUGAGCGCCGGGUCUGUCAGAUAUGUCAUCCACCACUUGACUGCAGGGAACGACGCCCCAGACUACAAGCACCAAGAACGCUUCCUGAAAUGGAUAACUCAGAUAUGCAUCACGAUCUGGGUGUAUGGAUGUGAAAGGGCAGACUGGCAGGAAUUGAGACGCAGUGCCAGCGACUCUAUAUUGAGUGACGAUUUUACGCCAUCUGCGAAUGAGGCGUCGUACCUUGCCAUCAUCGCGUUUGUCCUCGGUGGGGAUUUUGACCAGAAGCUCGCGGAAUAUGUGGAUGCUGUGGUAUGGAAUUCGAAAGUCGAAUACGCUUGCGAAGUAGAACCAUUGCGAAAUACCAUCAGCCGCGAGCGACAAGAUUUGGUCGAGUUUAUGCGCCUGAGUUUCUCGGGUGUUAUGCAGAAGUUAGCGUACUGCGGCGACAAACGACUCUUGUCUCUGGGCCAGAAGCUUCAUACCCGUUUGAGUAAGUUGGGACUGGAUCUAACGAGACCUUUCGCCGGCACUCAGGACUUCAACCGUGCUCAAUACCCGGCAGCCCUUGAAUCCAUGUUCCUAGAGGCACUGAGAGCAGAACAAGAAGCCUUGGGAUUUAGGCACAAUGCUAGGGCCGGGGAUGGUGCCAAUUCGCAGCACUGGAAACCUGUGCCGAGGAGGUUCGGCAGUGGCGAAGCACUCGUGGCCGAUUUUGCAGACCUUUUCAGAAGGAGUAGACGAGAGUCUGCUCAGACACAACUAGAGAAUAUCCUCAGGGAUGCAAUGAGCGAGAUAGCAGAGCGGAGGAGGAGAAUUGUUGAUGCUGUCAAAAAGCUGACAGAGACGCGAAGCGGAAGAGACACAGGAAACGCCAUGCAGGAGACAGAAUCCCUGGCUGAAGAAGGGCCUGCCUACCAUGGAAUGAAUGGAACAGCAGAGAUAUGA